CGACAUUCACCACUGCAGUGCACCCACCUGUGGGCCUGGGGGUGGGGUGGGGCACGGGGUGAAAAACUGCUCAAGAACACAGAAGUUUAGAAAGGGCCAUGAAGAACACGGAAAGUGGAACUGCAGAGGAAGGGUUAUGCAGGCAGAAAGCAAGCCAACACAAGCACGUAGUUAGGAUACGUAACUUGCCAUUGACUCCUUUGGAAAUUGCCAUAGACCCGUUAACGGACAUCAUCCGCUGGACCUGGGAUCUGAUGAAUCCCACAAAAGUCAGCACCUGCUACAGAACAGAUGCCCCGAUCACCAAGGACUUGUUUUCUGGAUAUGCCGCAGAAGGAUCCGUGCCAGAAACAAGCCUGUGAAAUACAGAAAUGUUUACAAGCCAACAACUACAUGGAAUCUAAGUGUCAGGCUGUCAUCGAAGAACUGCGUAAGUGUUGUGCUCGAUAUCCCAAGGGAAGAUCUCUCGUCUGCUCAGGAUUUGAGAAAGAAGAGGAAGAAAAGCAGACACUGAAGCGCACACCACAGUAAAGUUCUGCUGAGAACCGAAACGCUGCUCUACGUUUCCACCAUGCGGGUUUUAUUUAUCCUCCUGACUCUUUCUUCAGGCCAGGUAGCAGCAAAUAUCCAAUGAAAAAGUCAACUAUAAAAGUUAAUAUGCCAUCUAUGCAGAACAAAUAUAAAUAUAUUGAACAAAUGUGUAGAAUGUGAUAAAACUGAGCUGCUAAAAUAAAUCUUUUCAGUGAA